AUGCCUUACCACGAUGAGGAAUACCCGGACCAGACCCUGUGGCAGGCAGUGGUACUCUUCUGCUGUAAAGGAAUGAUCGAAGGCAUUAUGGUCGUACUAUUCUUCUGGCUGCUCAUACAGGUCCUGUUCACCAAGCAACUGGAAGGUAUGGUUCAGCUGGAAGUCCAUCUGCAGGUUCUGCUGUUGGUUGGCUUGGUGACAUUCUGUCUCUGUCUAAUCCUGGGCUGUGUGUUGUGCUGGAAGAGGAGUAAGACCUGUCCUCUCCAAGACCAGGAGCCCAGAACACCACCACCACCUGGUGACACCAUGACCCUGGGAGUCCAGGCACAGAGCCCCACCUCACCUCAUCCUCCCCAGGCAGGGACCACCACAACCAGGCAGCAGGACGAGGAUCUAGACGGGGAGGUGGUGGAAUACCCCACCACCUUCAGCAGCUCUACUCCCUCCGAUGACGACUUCACCACCCUUCCCCUCUCCUCCGACCGCUCCUCCCGUGGAGCCUCCUCCCAUGGAGCCUCCUCCGAGCACAAGGAGCAGCAUCCCAAGUCCUACUUCCCCCUGCGUCGUCUAUCCACACCCUCCAUCGCCUCCCCGCACUACAAGCCCAUGAACUCCCACCAUGGCGGUGGACGCUCCUCUUUCCCCUCCCUCCCUCGCCUGGGUAUCAUCUCCAAGACUCGCCAGACUCUGGAGCGGAGUUGCUCCAUCACAGGUCACAGCCUCUACAGCGAGCGCAGAAGACUCACCAAGAAAGGCACCCUGAGCAUCACGGUCCUCAGCCUGACCGGAACCACUCACCGCCUGGGGGAGGUGUCUGUGAUGGCCAACCUAGACCCUCUGUGCCCCUGCCCCCUCCAGGCCUCCACCCUCUGUAGCCCCAGCCUUAGCCCCAACUCCAGCCUUAGCCCUGGGCCUAAUCCGGACCCCCACACCCUGGGCUUGACCAUGAAGGCUGGUUCCCUGGAGGAACUUCAGCGCUGUGUGCUCAGACUGGUCGUGUACACACGAAACCUACCCAGCCUGAGGGGCUCUCUACUGGGGGAACUGGAGUUGCAUCAGAUUGUAACCUUUGACCCCAUGCAGAGCCUGACCUCCCAGGAUGCGGCGACCAGUAGAGGACUGAGCCUCAACCCACAGGUCCAGGGUCAGCUGUUUAUUCUGCUCCAGUAUCAGACCCUGGCCCACCGCGUCAAGGCCAUGGUCCUCCAAGCAGAUAACCUGGCCAACCUUACACCAGGAGCACCAGACUCCCAUGUGGUGAUCAACCUGCGUCAUGACGGGUUGGUGAUCGAAACCAAGGAGACCAGGGGUGUGGGCGGGGCCAAUACCCCCUUCCUGUUUGACCUGCCCCCUGGUGAUGUCACUACGCUGCCCCUCAUGAUGGAGUUCAUCGUCAUGCAGGUAGGAGGAGCUACUUUCCUCUGCUUUUCGGUGCUGGGGAGAGUUCUGAUUGGUUCAGAGGCUCCAGAGACGGGACGUUCUCAUUGGAGGGACAUGUGUAGCCAGGGUCAGGUGGAGAGGGCACGCUGGCACACCGUCGAACAAGAACCUUUGGAAAACAAUAAAACCAAUCAGACUCCAGAACAUUGGGAUACUAAACUAAUAAGAGGACAGAUCCGGCUUGGGGUGGAUUAG